AUGAGUACUACUAAUACUUUUAGCUCGAGGCUGCUUCUUCUUGUGCUCUUUGGUGCUUUCAUUUUCACCACUGGUGCGAGUAGGAAGCUUGGAAGUGCUGAAAAGGGUUCCUUUGGCGAUGAGAAAACAUUCUAUCGCCGCCCAGGUUUUGGAGGAGGAGGUGGGCUUGGAGGCGGAGGCGGUGGGGGACUGGGUGGUGGAGGCGGGGGUGGACUUGGAGGAGGAGGAGGGCUAGGCGGUGGUGCUGGAGCUGGUUUCGGAGGUGGUGCUGGAGCAGGAGGUGGUGGCGGACUGGGUGGAGGCGGAGGGGGAGGCUUUGGCGGUGGUGGCGGAGGAGGAUUGGGUGGUGGAUCAGGUUUUGGAGGAGGAGCCGGAGGAGGAGCUGGAGGCGGUGGCGGAGGAGGGUUUGGAGGUGGCGGCGGUGGAGGACUUGGGGGCGGAUCAGGUGGAGGUUUCGGUGGAGGUGCCGGUGGUGGGUUUGGAGGCGGCUUCCCUUGA